AGAGAGGGAGGGCGAGGAGAGGAGAGGAGGUUGACCUCGUCACAGCGAUCCUUCCCACACAUUACACAAAAACCGCCUCCCUUAUACAUUGCACUGAACAAUCUGAAACAACACUUUUUUUCCAAGAGAGAUCUAGGCAUAAGGAGCUCCAGAGUAGGAGAGGCGUGAGCGGACCAGACCCCCGAAAAUACCCCUGCUGAGAUUUUCACCCCUCAGGAACAUGGCGCGUUACCGGACGGUUACCUUGUCUCUCCUGUGUUUAUUGGAAUGCGGGUUAAUUUCCGCCUUCAACCUGGACACCGAGAACGUGCUGAAGAAAACCGGGGACCAGAACAGCUUGUUCGGGUUCUCCCUCGCCCUCCACAGACAACUCAUUCCGACUGAUAAAAGAAUGCUGCUGGUCGGUGCUCCCAGGGCGAGGAAACUAUCCAAUCAGAAGUCACCAAUAACAGGAGGCUUGUACAACUGUGAUAUCAGCUCCACCAGUUCGGCCUGCCAGCGAAUUGAUUUUGACAAUAACGAGAACCCGGCUGAGGAGAGCAAAGAUAACCAGUGGAUGGGUGUCACAGUGCAGAGUCAAGGACCCGGGGGCAAGAUUGUGACAUGUGCACAUCGCUACCAGAAGAAACAGUUUACAAACUUGCCCGAGGAGUUGCGGGACAUCACAGGCCGCUGCUACGUGCUCAAUCAACAGCUGAAAAUCGACGAGAGCACUGGUGAUGAGGGAGGAGACUGGAGCUUCUGCGAGGGCCGAGACAGGGGUCACGAGCGAUUCGGCUCCUGCCAGCAAGGAUUCUCGGCUACCUUCACCAAGGACUACCAUUACCUAGUGUUUGGAGCACCUGGAGGCUUUAAUUGGAAAGGAAUUGUACGCCUGGAGCAGAGAAACAACACGCUGCUGGAGUUGGGUGUCUAUGAUGACGGACCAUAUGAGGUCAAAUACACCACACCUGAAGGACUUGACGAAGUGGCCGUCCCUGCUAACAGCUAUUUAGGAUUCUCUCUCGACUCUGGCAAGAUGUUGACUAAGAAAGGCCAGCUAACUGUGGUGGCUGGAGCUCCGAGAGCCAAUCACAGUGGAGCUGUGGUUCUGUUGAAGAAGGAUACAGACGCAGCUACUAUGGUCACUGAGUACAUCAUCGAAGGAGAAGGCCUGGCGUCGUCUUUCGGCUACGAACUAGCAGUGGUUGAUUUAAACGGAGAUGGAUGGCAGGAUCUUGUAGUUGGAGCUCCUCAGUUCUUUGUGAAGGAUGGUGACAUCGGUGGUGCUGUUUAUGUCUACAUCAAUCAGAAUGGAGACUGGGACAAGGCCAUCCGGACUAGAAUAGACGGAGCCAAAAAUUCCAUGUUUGGGCUGUCUAUUGAAAACCUUGGUGACCUUAAUCUGGAUGGGUUUAAUGAUUUGGCUGUCGGGGCUCCAUAUGAUGAGGAAGGAGCGGGAUGUGUCUACAUCUAUCAAGGCUCGAGCAACGGCCUCAAAAAAGAACCUGCUCAGGUGCUGAAAGGAAAAGAUCUAAACAUUAAGAUGUUUGGUUACUCCUUAGCUGGUAACAUGGAUUUAGACAACAAUCAAUAUCCAGAUUUGGCCAUUGGAUCUCUCUCUGACACUGUGGCCGUAUACAGAGCAAGGCCAGUGGUCAACAUAGAAAAGACGGUCACUACAAAUCCCAAAGACAUAGACCUCUCUAAGAAGAACUGCGGUGACAGCAUUUGUCUUGAGGUGAAUGUCUGUUUCAAAUUCACCUCCAACACCAAAGACUACAGCCCUUCUCUCAGAAUCAAAUACUCCAUCCAGGUGGAGUCAAAGAGGAAGAAGCAGGGACUUCCGUCUCGUGCCGUUUUCUUCCCACCCUCCGCCACUGACACAGACUAUGAGAGCACAGGAAUCAUGGAUCUGAGAAAGCAGAACGAACAAAAAUGUAUCAUGAAAAAGCUCAAACUUCAGGAUAACUUAAAGGAUAAGCUGAGAGCCGUGCCCAUAGAGGUGAACGUGGAGAUCGUGAAGCAGUCAGGAUCUGGACGCAAGAAGAGACAAGCCGGCCUCGCUGAGUUGAGUCCCAUCCUCGCUUCCAGCCAGCCAUCUCUUACUGAGGUCAGUUUUGUGAAAGACGGCUGCGGCAGUGACCAGAGGUGCCAGAGUAAUUUACAGCUGCAGUACAAAUUCUGCUCUCGGGAGCCUAAUCAAGACAUCUUCAAACCACUGCCAGUUCACAAUGGAAUGCCGGUCAUUUCACUCAACCACCAGAAGGAGAUUGCCCUGGAGGUCACGGUGACCAAUAAGAACGGAGACGACGCAUACGAGUCGUUUCUGAACGUAUCAUACCCCAAUGCCCUCUCUUACUCUGGAGUUCGCACCAAAUCUGCCGACAAACAGAUUAUCUGCUUGGCCAAUCCGAACGGCACAAAGGCUGAAUGUGAACUGGGAAAUCCUUUCAGAAAUAACUCGGAAGCUGUAUUUUACAUCAUUCUGAGCACUGGUGGGAUUUCGCUGGACACGAAUGAAGUAGAAGUUACGCUUGAGCUUAAAACGACGAGCGAGCAGGCACCACUGACUGUUAUGAAGAAAGCCAAUGUUGUAGCUGAGCUGCUUUUGUCACUUUCUGGGGUGGCUAAGCCGUCACAGCUGGAAUUCACCGGUAUCGUCUUAGGAGAGAGCGCUAUGAAGACGGAAACAGAGAUCGGCAGCCAGAUCGACUAUGAAUUCCGGGUGAUCAAUUUGGGAAAGCCUCUGAAGUCGUUCGGGACUGCGUUUCUGAACAUCGAGUGGCCCAAGAACACUGCGACAAAUAAAUGGCUGCUGUACCUGAUGAAGAUCACUACUGUGGGUACGGAUAAUAUCGCCUGCAAACCAGAUGAGGUCAACCCGCUCAGUUUAAGUCCGGAUCUGUCAUUAUCCAGGAGAAAGCGUGAAGCUAAUGAUGGAUCUGAAAACUCAGAAAACAAAGGAGUUUUAUCAUCUCUUUUUACCGACAAGAGGAAAUCUACAGUCUUGACGUGUGGCGAAGGUGCGUCGUGUGUGACGCUCAAGUGUCCUCUUCAGGGAUUGGACAGCAAUGCCGUCAUCACACUGAGAGCUCGUCUGUGGAAUGGCACCUUCAUAGAGGAUUACUCUGACAUGAAUUACGUCGAUAUAAUUGUGAAAGCGUCACUCAGUCUGGAGAACGCUCCCAAAAAUGUGUUGCUGAAUAAUAAAGAUACACAGGUACGAGUGACUGUAUUCCCAGUACGUAAAGCAGCACAAUAUGGAGGUUUACCCUGGUGGAUCAUACUGGUUGCUAUAUUACUGGGCCUGCUCCUGCUUGGCUUAUUGGUCUUCCUGCUCUGGAAGUGUGGAUUUUUCAAACGUUCCAAAUACAAUGACAGCGUGCCCAGUUACAGCGCGGUGAGGAUUAAGAAGGACGAGCGCACGCAUCCACCGGGGAAAGAGAAGCCGGCCUCGGUGGAAAAGAAACAGUGGAUGACUUCUUGGAACGAGAACGAGAGCUACUCCUAGCCUUAUGCUACAUCAGCUGCUAAUGCACAUUAAUAUCCUGCUUUUUUUAAAACAAAAACAAACCAAAGACACUUUCUUUAUGAUAUCAAGUGCUUCGUUUUUGCACACCCUGAACUUCUGAUUGUAAAUAUGACAAUGAUGAAAUGAAAAGAAAUAACCUGUAUAAGAAAAAAAAAAACAUGUACACUAUAUUGCCAAAAGGUUUGGGACACUCCUUCAGAUUACUGAAUUCAGGUGUUGUUUUUCAGGGGUUGGGCUUGGUUCCUUAGUUCCAGUGAAAGGAACUCUUAAUGCUUCAGUAUACCAAGACAUUUUGGACAAUUAUAUGCUCCCAACUUUGUGGGAACAGUUUGGGGAUGACCCCUUCCUGUUCCAACAUCAGGAAACAAAGCAAGGUCCAUAAAGACAUGGAUGAGUGAGUUUGGUGUGGAGGAACUUCACAGAGUCCUGACCUCAACCUGACAGAACACCUUUGGGAUGAAUUAGAGCGGAGACUGUGAGCCGGACCUUCUCGUCCAACAUCAGUGCCUGACCUCACAAAUGCUCUUCUAGAGGAAUGGUCAAAAAUUCCCAUAAACACACUCCUAAACCUUGUGGAAAGCCUUCCCAGAAGAGUUGAAGCUGUUAUAGCUGCAAAGGGUGGGACAACUCCAUAUUAAAUUCAAGUGCAUGUAAAGGCAGACAUCCCAAAACUUUUGGCAACAUAGUGUAUGUCGAAAAAUAGUGACUACUUUCAAAAACGCUUGAUGAAACUGAUGAGAAAAGAGAGAUAUAGAUAUUUUUGGGCUUUUCUAUGCAUCAAGGAUCCACACUGUACAUAUAGGCAUGUGCCAAUAGUUUCAACACACACGUCAUCAUAAGCAGUGAAUGUAGGCUUGAGUCAGACAUGAUCGUUGUAUUUAAGUUCUCAAUCAUCUGUUAUAAAUAUAUCAUGCGAUGCACAGCUGCUGUUAGCAAUCAGUGCUACUGUAAUUAGACUGCAAUUUUCAUAGUGCUGAGGCAUUUCUUUGGCGGAAAUUUACCAACACAUCUGAGGUAAAUGUUGAUAUUCUCGACAAUGCGAUAUAUUCUUCACUUUCCUUCCGCCUUCAGCUUGUGUGUGAAACAAGGCUUGUGGGCUUCAUGCUAGCUAGGUAAAAUGUAGCCUCAUUUCCAAGAACUUGCAAGCACACUGUUGCCUAGCAACAGUCUGUUCCAUUAGCUUUAAGCUAUCAAACAAGCUAUCUCAUACUACUGCAAAUUCACUACACACUUCACUGUAAAGAAAGUACUCCUGGAUGGAUCAUUUUUUAAUAGAAUAUUCCGAUAAUAUAGUAAACCGUGUUUAUUUAUCCGUGCAGUUAUUGUGCGAAAACUUUUAGAAACUGAAUAUUGGCACAUGCCUUGUUGUGUAUAUAUGCUAAUUGUGUUCGAAAUGUUCUCGACUGUGUGUGAGAACUUCUUCUCUGCGUCUCACCAACAAGCCAAAGAAACUUCAUGAAUAUUUUUUUUGAUUUUGUGGAUAGGUUUCUAACUCCUCGAUUUCUAAAGUUCGCUUCAGUUUUACUCAGAACCGUUUGGAUGAAUGUAAAUAUUUGUCGUCGUUGUUUUUUUUGUUUUUUCCCUUAACCGUUAUUUACUUCUUAAUACUUUUGUUUUGUAAGAUAGUUUUUUUUUUGUAAUUAUUAUGAAUUGUGAAGAUUGGUACUGAUUUCAGUUUGGCAUUGACGUCUGUAAUAGUCGUUUACUUCAUUCACACAGGUCAA